AUCUUAAGGCCUCUCUCUCACCUUGGCCAGUAUGCUUGAUAAUGUCACCGACACCAACCGAGGCCAUAUUGGUAAAAAGUAAAAACAAACUAACCCAACCCAAGUCUCCAAAUAAAUAGUGGACUCCAAUCCCACACUUGACCACACUGCUUUCAGAAAUGGCCCAACAAGUUCUCCUUGCGGUCGCACUGGUGGCUGUAACCAUGUGCCAUAGCCUUGUCCAUAGUGUAGCACGGGUGCCAAGCUCCGUUCCCAACUCGGGCACAGAAGUUCCGGCGGCGCCACCAAACUCAACCGAGGAGUUCCUGGAGGCGCACAACCAAGCAAGAGCUGAAGUUGGGGUUGGCCCUUUCCAGUGGAGUGAGCAGCUGGCCCACGCCACCAGCCUGCUGGUACGCUACCAAAGAGACAAACACGGCUGCCAGUUUGCAAACCUGAGCAAUAGCAAGUAUGGAGGGAACCAGUUGUGGGCAAGUGGAUCAGGAAUGACGGCGCGGCUGGCCGUUGAGGAGUGGGUGGGAGAGAAGAAGUAUUACAACCAUUCUGACAACUCCUGUGUGGCCAAUCAUGAGUGUGGGGUGUACACACAGGUGGUAUGGAGGAAAUCGCUGGAGUUGGGGUGUGCCAAAGCUGUGUGCGCGAAGGAAGAUGCUAGUUUAACCAUAUGUUUCUACAAUCCCCCUGGAAAUGUCAUAGGAGAGAGCCCCUACUAGUGUCUCUUUUCUUUAGCCUUCAAAUUGAAGUUAUAUAUAUUGUAGGCGCUUUUCUUGACGUGAUUUUUAAUGCUUUGAUUGUCUUGAUCAUUCCUCAUCA